UUCAUCAGUUUCAGUCGGAAUUCACAGUUGAACGAACCACGUCGGACAAAUGCUGAACGGAAAGUUCUACACGGGUCUGCCGCCCAAGAUGGAGGGGCGGCCUUGCGGCAAUGGACAGAAUCGUCAGGAGUCGCACUUCUUCUGGCCGGACGACACGCGUGUGGAUAGCGCCGUGGAGACGCGGGUCAAGCGACGCAAUAGCCUCCAGCUGCAGUCUGGCGCCGAACGCCCACACCCAACAGCCAGCCAAAAGUUGAGCUCACUGCAAGCUGAGCCAACCCCAGAGGUGAACACGCGCCAAAUGUUUCACAAGGAGUUUGCCAAGUCAUCCAUACAGUUCUACGACAAUCUCCAGCCAAGCAACAGCAACACCAACAGCAACAACAACAAGUCACGUCUGCUGAACAGAGCACGUCGCGAGGUGACGCCCAAGCUCACAGAUGUUGAUCCACUGCCAGCAGUUGAGACUGUUGCCGAGAUAGACCCAAGCGCAGCGAGACGCAAUCAAGCCUACAGCUCCAAGAUACAGUUCUACGAUUACGUCAACACCAAUGAUGCGGACACCACGCAGAACAAUGUCCGUCGCCCCAAAAUGGACAUGAACAACAAGCGCGAAGUGGAGCUCAACUCAAAGAACAGCCCCAAGCUACAGGUGAAGCACAACGUCCGCCAUCUGAGCGUGGAGCGGGAUGCGCCACAGCUGCGCCUGGUCACGAAGAAGCCACUCAACGACGGCCAGCAGUGGCAGCAGCCGGACACAUACGAGUCGAUCAUGAGGCCACCUGUGAUGGCGCCCAGGAAAAUACUCAAACAGCAGCCCUGGAUCGAGGACUUUGAUGAGUCCAUGCUGAACUAUAUGGACAAUGGCAUGCAGCAGCUGCGACUGCGCAGCUCGGCACCAGCCAAGAAACAUGUCACCUACAAUGAGGAGGCAGCGGAAUAUGCCUACUAUGAUGAUUGCUCGGAGCCGAGCGAGGGUCGCCAGUUGAGGCAGUCGUUGCCAAAUAUGCGGACAGGAAGCGGCCAGCAGCUGCAACAACAACAACAACAGCAGCCAGGUCCAUAUGUGGAAACUGGUCGCAAUACAAAGUCGUUAAAUAACUAUAAUAAAAAGAGUCAUAAUAAUUAUAACGAAUACAACAACAACAGCAACAGCAGCAGCAACAACAACAGUUACAACAACAGCAACAGCAACAGCUUACGCUCACGGAAAAUCUUGCCCAAAUUGCCAGAGCUGACAACGACAACAACAUCAACAACAACAACAACGUCGGGAGCAAUGAGAGCUCGACGCUUUGAUGACACACGUACAACAGCAACAGCGUCUGAUGUGGAUAAUUCUGCUGCUGCUGCCGCUGCUGCCCCUGCUGCUGCGGAGGCGACAUCUCCCUCUGACCCACGCAAACACCUGCGCAGCAGCCUCUGCUUCAACGGCGACGCUUUGGUAGUCGAUGUGGGUGCUGCGCCAGCGCCGACCUCAGCUGUUGCGACUGCGCGUCGCUCGGCCGGGCGGCGAAUCAACGUCGGCCUGCCCGACUGAGGCAGCGAUUAUAGAUAUGUAUAUAUAUAUACCAUAUACCAUACACCUUGUAUAACAUACGAUAUUUACUAUUUGUGUUUAUUGAAUGCAACGUUGGCGUCGUUUCAUGUUAAUUGAAUGCAUCAACUGCCGCUGCGACUGCGACGGCGACUGCGACUGCGACAGCGAUGGCAACUGCGACGUUGGCAGCGACAGCUUUAUGGCUCGUUGUUUUCUGUUUUGCUUCUUUUUUGCUGUCGCUUGUCGACUUCACCCACAGCGCACCGAAUUAAACACCGCCAGCCAACAAUGACUACAAAUUAUUUCUAGUGCUAAUGAUCUUGCCUAAAAAA